AUGUCUCGCAAGGACGAUUCCAAGGCCAAAGACGCCAUUGUCACCGUCAAUAUUGACGACUUCACCCGUACCCGCGAUGCUGUCAUUGUCAGUCUCGCCACUCUGCAAUCUGCUGUCUCCGACCUGUCGCGCGCCUACAUCAAUCAUGCCAACACCGUCUUGAACCGUGGCUCGUUCACGCAGGACAGCGGCGUCCUCUCUAGCGGGAUCACGAGCGGUAUCACCAGCAGCCUGCUAGAGAAUGGUCUCUUGGGCACCGCCCCUCGCCAAGGAAGCCCCGGAGCCAAGUCCGAGGUGGGCGAGAAGAAGAAGCGAAAGCGCGCGCCGCACGAUCCCAAUGCGCCCAAACGCGCUUUGACCCCAUACUUUCUCUAUAUGCAGCACAACCGUGCCCAGAUCGCUCAGGAACUUGGCCCGAACGCCAGGCCUAAGGAGGUCGCGGAUGAAGGCACCAGGCGCUGGGCUGAAAUGCCCGAGGCGCAGAAGGAGGUGUGGAAGAAGCUUUAUGCAGACAACCUGGCUGUUUACAAGGAGAAGAUGAAGGCGUACAAGGCUGGUCUUCCGGUGCCUGAUGAUGACAAUGCCAAGGCGGCCGCUCAGCUGCAAGAGAGCGCCGCUCAAGCUGAUGCUUCCGAGGGUGAGGAGUCUGAUGAGGAGGAUGAAUCCUCGCCUGAACCCGCAAAGGAACCCACGCCUCCUCGUAGUAGCGGUAAGCGUCGUCGUCUGACUGGCGAUGCGAAGGCAAACAACAAGGAUGUCUCUUCCCCCGUCUCUCCCAAAAAGGGUUCUCCUGAGAAGAAGAAGCAGCAGCAGCAGCAGCAGCAGCAGCAGCAGCAGCAGCAGCAGCAGCAAACAGCAAGCAACAACAACAACAACAAAAGCCUAGCGCUUCUAAGAAGGAGGAGCCAUCUUCGGGGCGUAAAUCCC